CAAGGUGAAGGGCGUCGCAGUGACCAACACCACUGACCAGGGGGUGAAGAUCUGGGAUGUGGCCGAUUAUAUUAUCCCAUCACAGAAGCCUAUGUGACAAGACAAGAGAUGGUCAUGGUAUCAGAACUGCUUGCUAGAACCAUGAUAAGUAACAAUAUAAUAGUUGUGUUUGAUUAUGCUUAUAUGAUAUUUGUAUUUGUUUAUGCUUUUAUGAUAUUUGUAUUUGAUUAUGCUCCAGUUUGUUUAUGCUGUUAUGAUUUCUUCUCAUCUGCUGAGAAGCAGGUGGCUCAUAAGCCAGUUGGAAAGAUACUGACUAUGGCAACCGCAAACCGCAUCCGUGGCAUUUCAAAGAAAUGUCACUGUUUUAAUAGAAUAAGAUGCUAGCAGGUGCUUUCCGUGACUCUUCAUAUGAAAUGUAACUAACCCUCUUUUGUUUCAAAGGGGGGGGGGGGUUGUAAUUAGAAUAAACUUAUGAUUGGUCUUAUCUUAAUCUUCCGAAUUAUUGCUAUCUGCUAAUAUUGAAUUAAGCUUCUGUGAUUGGCUUGCAAUAACUACAGGUUACAAGGUAUAUAUUAUGCACACAAGCUCUGCGGAGCUCAGAACUUUGCUCGGUUUCCUCAACACCUGCGUGUGUUUGAGAGUGUUCUCAGGUUUGCAAACUUGACCUAUUAAACUUGUUUGCUCAGUCUUGUCUGUUCUACUGUGUCUCUAUCUUACAGAAGUUAAAGUGAAAACUUCCACCACAAUUGUUAUCUUAGUGUGGAGGUCAGCCGGUAUUCGUUUCAGCACAUGCUGUGUAAGAUCAUUGUGAAACCUGUGUCACCAGGCAACUUGUGUCCUCUUCUUCCUUCACAGGAAGAGAGUUCCUUUUUUGUGAUGACAAACCUAAUCAUGACUCUGAACCAACAGCAGGGGCACUGUCCUGAGAUGCCAGAGGACAGCCCACACUGUAUCUCAGACAGUAACUGUACUGCAGGAGCACAAUCUCAUAGAAGCAAUGGUAUUCAGACUGGAAAAUGUGUUCCUGUCCACAAUAGCACAGCUGUCCACACCUGUGAAGUACUUGCUUGGUGUCCCUUGGAAAAUGAUGUCGACCUCUCUCACCACCCUGCCCUUCUGAAAGAUGCGGAACAAUUUACAGUACUAAUAAAGAACAACAUCAGAUAUCCCAAAUUUAAUUUCACCAAGAGAAAUAUUUUGCCGCAUAUUAACAGCAGCUAUCUGAAGCAAUGUGUAUUUAACCGGGUGACUGAUCCAGACUGUCCCAUCUUCAGACUGGGAGACAUUGUCCGAGAGGCUGGGGAGGACUUCCAGGAGAUUGCUGUGGAGGGUGGAGUGAUGGGAAUCCAGAUUAAAUGGGAUUGUGAUCUGGAUCACUCAGUCUCCAAAUGCAUCCCCCAGUACACCUUUCGCAGGCUGGACAACAAGGAUGUGCAGAACACAGUGGCAACUGGAUACAACUUCCGAUUUGCCAAAUAUUAUAAGGGUCUUGGUGAGGUUGAAUCCAGAACACUGAUCAAGGCGUAUGGAAUCCGCUUUGAUGUCAUGGUGUUUGGAAAGGCAGGAAAAUUUGACAUUAUUCCAACAAUGAUAAACAUUGGCUCAGGUCUGGCACUUCUGGGAGUGGCUACAGUUUUGUGUGAUGUGAUUAUCCUGCACAUAAUGAAGAAGAAGAAUUUUUACAGAGAAAAGAAAUACAAAUACGUAGAAGACUAUGACCUGGAAGAGGAGUCUCUUUCCUCAAAAGGGACCCCAACUGACAGACGACUGUUGGUGCAGCUGUCCGUGUAAUUCCGAAAAUCCAGUUUGUCCUAAAUACUGUAUAUCCAUUAUUUAUGACAUCCAGAUGUUUUGAAAAAUAGCUUUUGAAACAUGUUGUACCUCAUUCAAAGCACCUACUCCAAUGUAAUCAUAUGUGUGUGACUGUGUGUAAAUACAUAUGAUUAGCUAUGUUAAAUUAUUUUGCAAUGGAGAUGAUAUUGUUUACUUAGUAAAUGCUAAGUUAAAAAGUGGUUUUCUAACUUUCUUUUUGAAUUUUAAAGGUAGGAAAUUCACUUGAAUGUGAAGCCGCGUAGGCAGUCUUUCACAGGGGUGCCGCGUAACCAGGCAGGGCAGUACAUCAGGCUCUGCACUCAAUGGAAACCAAGUGCACAUUGUGCAUGGACCAAAGAUAAUGUGUGAACCUUGCCUCAGGUGAAGAGCUCAGACUCUAAUGGGCCCUACUCACAUGCUGUAUCGCAAUGCUAGAACCCAGACGACAUUCAUGAAACUUGAAUAGAUAGUCUAUUCAGAAACAUUUAGAACAGCUGAAUGUCAACGUAUUUUAUUCCAUAAGAAAAUGAAAAAAUAAAUGACCAUAUUGAAAUGACUCUGGGGGGAUUUACAACGGUGAAAAUACAUUGUACCCAUCAACAAAAGGAGGUGGAACUAAUAUUAAUACCUUCUGAAGUGAUUGUACUUGUGCAGAAUCGCUUGUAUUGGGAUUCGCUGUCAAAUGUAUUUUUUUGUUUUCUAUUCACUAGAGAAUUUAUUGAAAAUCUAUUUUUUCACUUGUUAUAAAGUACACCUGUUUUUUUUUUUUUUUUAUAAUAUAUAUGCACACUGUAUAAUGUGGUUAUAGAAAAUGACUAAUGAUAGGAUUAGAUGACUGCCAUCUAAUUGCACAAUGUUAUAACUGUAGUCAGCAUCCUAAAGGAAAAAUCAAACCAGACUUUUUUAUGUGCCGUCUUGUUUGCCAUGAAGCUUGUGUUUGGGCCCUGCUAUGACUUGGAAGUCUUCACAUGGUAUAAAAAUCAAUCUGCGACAUUGUAAAAUAAACACACUGUACAAUGAAGGCAACUUUAUUUUAUUUAAAUAAUAUUAUAUAUUUCACCAUGAAGCUGUCAGGCUCCUGUUCUUCCACUGAGCCUGGUAGCAGGAGCCAACUGUCUUGCUAUUAGAAUUCAUACCAAGACCUUUCAUAGUCCUGCCGUGUGUAGUGCAUAUCAGCCACUGCUGUCAGGUGAACAGCUUUCUAUAUAACAUGUAUACACAGUACAGGAUAUCAAGUAAAGAAAGAAGCAUGUGCUUGAGGGUUAGUAACUACUGUUUUGUGCCAUACCCUGGAGUGGGAAGGCAGCUGUAUCUUAAACACUCUACAGUAUAUCAAGACAUUGUGUUAAGAAUUUUAUUUUUUUAUUUUUUUUAACAGUUUUACCUCAAAAUACAUGAGCAGUAAGACCCAACACACAGAUGAAUGAAUUGCAUGCAGCAGCCUUCCUUACGUCUCAUCUAAAGUGGCAUUUUGUACAGUGUUGCAUUUCAUUGUUUUUGUCUUAAAUCCCCACUGGUUUCCAGUUAGCAGACAAAGCGCUACUUGCUAAUGAUACUGUGCUCCUCUGCUGGCUACAAUUAAAAUAGAUUUGAACACCAAUGUUCUAGAAUGGUUACCGUAGUUACCAAUGUGUGGAAGGUCUAUAUAUAUAUAUAAAGAAGCAAGUACACUUUUUUUUUUCUUUCUCUACAUUUUGCAUUACACUAUUUCAUUGGAGUUAAGAUUGUAUGCAAGUUGAUAGAUCACUGACUGGCUUUAACCCUCUGUUGCAUUGUGUCAAGGAAAUCGGAAAUUGAAUUAGGUGGUCCAGAUAGCAAUCUUUGUGUGAUGUGUUUGGAAUAUUCAUCACACAGCAUGUACCUCUUUCAAUGUGCAGUAAUUCAUGAGUUUUUUUGUCAAGUAUAUGCAACUCUCAAACAGGAUAAAUGACCCUCGCGUGACCCUGACCUAGCGUUCUUGUUUGGGACACCAUGUAACAUCAGGUUCACAUUUCUUAACAUAGGUCUGUGAUUUUAAACCACCUGUAUAAAUGCACUAUAUUAAACCAGGCAGAUACACUGCAGCCUGGUGUUGAUAACAGCAACCAAUACAUCUGCUAUUUUACUUCAAUGAAGGCUGGCAUCAUUAUUGUCAAUAUGAAACAUACUGAAACGGACGACAAAAUGAAAAUGCACAGUAUUAUACAGUCCAUACAUAUCAUAGUAAGAAAUACAGUCCAUACAUAUCAUAGUAAGAAAUGCCAUUUUACUAGACUAGAACAGCAAUACAACAAGGCCUAUGUGUGCUCACAAAGGCAUACAAAUUCUCUCCCUCUGCUCCUUUAGAAGAUAUCAAGGGGAGAAGGACUUACUUUCCACAGCCAUCAGUUGGGGAUUUUUCUAGAAAAAGUUUCAUGAACUUUAUGACAGUGAAAAAAAAAUAAUAGUUUUCAAUUUGUCGUUUUUUUUCCUUAGAUUUGAUAUUAGGUUAUGAAGACUGAAUAAUUUCAGUACCACUGUCGCCUGUCUAACUUUCAGUCAAAUGAACUGCCUACUGUCUCCAAGGUCCUCACUGCAGAAGGUGUGGCGGUGGUCAGUCACGGAACCCUGCUCUGUGUGUAGCAUUGGGUGUCACAGGGGCCAACACAACAGGACGCUUUAUAGGGGAAAUGCCAUUCUCAAUGUAAAAGUGAGAACCACUCAAAAUGAUUAAAAAUAUCUAAACAGUAGGUGCACUUUCUUUUUUUUCCAUUCCACAAAUCUUUUUACAC